AUGGAUGCCGAAAAUACUGAAUUAUUUUUGCAUUCUAUUCGAGAUUAUCCCGUAUUAUACGCAAUUGGACACGCAGAUUAUAAAAACACGUACAAAAAAGAGGUAGCAUGGAGAAAACUUCAAGAAAAGACUCGGAUAGAUGUUAAAACUAUGAAAAAUAAAUGGAGAAACCUAAGGGACACUUAUAAAAAAUAUAAACAGGGUCAGCAAACAAGCAGUGGACAAGCCGCGAAGAAGCUUGCUAAUUGGCAAUGGGCUGAACAGAUGUCGUUCAUAGAUUCAUCCACAAACUUGAGACAAACUGAAAGUACACUGGAUACCAGUACUAUAUCUAUAGAGAAUGAUUAUGAAAAUUAUACAGAAGCCGAACAGGUUUCAAAUAAUGAACAGAACGAACUCGCCGUUCAAGAACUGGAGACAGCACGGUCUACAGCUGAAACUACAGCUGAAACUGCAACUGAAGUAUCCCGGAGAAGACGACGCCGUGUAAGCAACGACGAUCCUGCUGAGAAGAUUAUAAAUUAUUUAAAGACUCGAAAAUCGGGUACUACGGACAGAAACGCUACAGAAAAUCUUGUCAAAAUACCGUGUGAUCGAAUGGACAUGGAUUUUUUAGGUUAUGCCCAUACUGUAAAGAAAUUUUCUCUACGAAAGCAAGCUAUUAUUAAACUUCAAAUAACACAAAUUAUAACUGAGACUCAACUUGAAGAAUUGAAUAAUAGCCGGCCAAAUUCUAAUUUCAGCAAUGCUUCAUCCUCUAGUACUCCCAAUUUUUACUACGUCGAUAACGACUGGAACAUUUCAAGAUCGACACCAUCUGAAGAACUGCAAACACAUUCCAUCCCAGACACUCAAAACGUUUCAACUGCACAGAUACACAUACCUAAUACUCAAACACAUUCGAUCCCAGACACUCAAAACGUUUCAACUGCACAGAUACACAUUCCUAAUACUCAAACACAUUCGAUCCCAGACACUCAAAACGUUUCAACUGCACAGAUACACAUUCCUAAUACUCAAACACAUUCGAUCCCAGACACUCAAAACGUUUCAACUGCACAGAUACACAUUCCUAAUACUCAAACACCUUCGAUCCCAGACACUCAAAACGUUUCAACUGCACAGAUACACAUUCCUAAUACUCAAACACAUUCGAUCCCAGACACUCAAAACGUUUCAACUGCACAGAUACACAUUCCUAAUACUCAAACACAUUCGAUCCCAGACACUCAAAACGUUUCAACUGCACAGAUACAUAUACCUAACACGCAAACACAUUCCAUCCCAGACACUCAAAACGUUUCAACUGCACAGAUACACAUACCUAAUACUCAAACACAUUCGAUCCCAGACACUCAAAACGUUUCAACUGCACAGAUACAUAUACCUAACACGCAAACACAUUCCAUCCCAGACACUCAAAACGUUUCAACUGCACAGAUACACAUUCCUAAUACUCAAACACAUUCGAUCCCAGACACUCAAAAAGUUUCAACUGCACAGAUACACAUUCCUAAUACUCAAACACAUUCGAUCCCAGACACUCAAAACGUUUCAACUGCACAGAUACACAUUCCUAAUACUCAAACACAUUCGAUCCCAGACACUCAAAACGUUUCAACUGCACAGAUACACAUUCCUAAUACUCAAACACAUUCGAUCCCAGACACUCAAAACGUUUCAACUGCACAGAUACACAUUCCUAAUACUCAAACACAUUCGAUCCCAGACACUCAAAACGUUUCAACUGCACAGAUACACAUUCCUAAUACUCAAACACAUUCGAUCCCAGACACUCAAAACGUUUCAACUGCACAGAUACACAUUCCUAAUACUCAAACACAUUCGAUCCCAGACACUCAAAACGUUUCAACUGCACAGAUACACAUUCCUAAUACUCAAACACAUUCGAUCCCAGACACUCAAAACGUUUCAACUGCACAGAUACACAUUCCUAAUACUCAAACACAUUCGAUCCCAGACACUCAAAACGUUUCAACUGCACAGAUACAUAUACCUAACACGCAAACACAUUCCAUCCCAGACACUCAAAACGUUUCAACUGCACAGAUACACAUACCUAAUACUCAAACACAUUCGAUCCCAGACACUCAAAACGUUUCAACUGCACAGAUACAUAUACCUAACACGCAAACACAUUCCAUCCCAGACACUCAAAACGUUUCAACUGCACAGAUACACAUUCCUAAUACUCAAACACAUUCGAUCCCAGACACUCAAAAAGUUUCAACUGCACAGAUACACAUUCCUAAUACUCAAACACAUUCGAUCCCAGACACUCAAAACGUUUCAACUGCACAGAUACACAUUCCUAAUACUCAAACACAUUCGAUCCCAGACACUCAAAACGUUUCAACUGCACAGAUACACAUUCCUAAUACUCAAACACAUUCGAUCCCAGACACUCAAAACGUUUCAACUGCACAGAUACACAUUCCUAAUACUCAAACACAUUCGAUCCCAGACACUCAAAACGUUUCAACUGCACAGAUACAUAUACCUAACACGCAAACACAUUCCAUCCCAGACACUCAAAACGUUUCAACUGCACAGAUACACAUACCUAAUACUCAAACACAUUCGAUCCCAGACACUCAAAACGUUUCAACUGCACAGAUACAUAUACCUAACACGCAAACACAUUCCAUCCCAGACACUCAAAACGUUUCAACUGCACAGAUACACAUUCCUAAUACUCAAACACAUUCGAUCCCAGACACUCAAAAAGUUUCAACUGCACAGAUACACAUUCCUAAUACUCAAACACAUUCGAUCCCAGACACUCAAAACGUUUCAACUGCACAGAUACACAUUCCUAAUACUCAAACACAUUCGAUCCCAGACACUCAAAACGUUUCAACUGCACAGAUACACAUUCCUAAUACUCAAACACAUUCGAUCCCAGACACUCAAAACGUUUCAACUGCACAGAUACACAUUCCUAAUACUCAAACACAUUCGAUCCCAGACACUCAAAACGUUUCAACUGCACAGAUACACAUUCCUAAUACUCAAACACAUUCGAUCCCAGACACUCAAAACGUUUCAACUGCACAGAUACACAUUCCUAAUACUCAAACACAUUCGAUCCCAGACACUCAAAACGUUUCAACUGCACAGAUACACAUUCCUAAUACUCAAACACAUUCGAUCCCAGACACUCAAAACGUUUCAACUGCACAGAUACACAUUCCUAAUACUCAAACACAUUCGAUCCCAGACACUCAAAACGUUUCAACUGCACAGAUACAUAUACCUAACACGCAAACACAUUCCAUCCCAGACACUCAAAACGUUUCAACUGCACAGAUACACAUACCUAAUACUCAAACACAUUCGAUCCCAGACACUCAAAACGUUUCAACUGCACAGAUACACAUUCCUAAUACUCAAACACAUUCGAUCCCAGACACUCAAAACGUUUCAACUGCACAGAUACACAUUCCUAAUACUCAAACACAUUCGAUCCCAGACACUCAAAACGUUUCAACUGCACAGAUACACAUUCCUAAUACUCAAACACAUUCGAUCCCAGACACUCAAAACGUUUCAACUGCACAGAUACACAUUCCUAAUACUCAAACACAUUCGAUCCCAGACACUCAAAACGUUUCAACUGCACAGAUACACAUUCCUAAUACUCAAACACAUUCGAUCCCAGACACUCAAAACGUUUCAACUGCACAGAUACACAUUCCUAAUACUCAAACACAUUCGAUCCCAGACACUCAAAACGUUUCAACUGCACAGAUACACAUUCCUAAUACUCAAACACAUUCGAUCCCAGACACUCAAAACGUUUCAACUGCACAGAUACAUAUACCUAACACGCAAACACAUUCCAUCCCAGACACUCAAAACGUUUCAACUGCACAGAUACACAUACCUAAUACUCAAACACAUUCGAUCCCAGACACUCAAAACGUUUCAACUGCACAGAUACAUAUACCUAACACGCAAACACAUUCCAUCCCAGACACUCAAAACGUUUCAACUGCACAGAUACACAUUCCUAAUACUCAAACACAUUCGAUCCCAGACACUCAAAAAGUUUCAACUGCACAGAUACACAUUCCUAAUACUCAAACACAUUCGAUCCCAGACACUCAAAACGUUUCAACUGCACAGAUACACAUUCCUAAUACUCAAACACAUUCGAUCCCAGACACUCAAAACGUUUCAACUGCACAGAUACACAUUCCUAAUACUCAAACACAUUCGAUCCCAGACACUCAAAACGUUUCAACUGCACAGAUACACAUUCCUAAUACUCAAACACAUUCGAUCCCAGACACUCAAAACGUUUCAACUGCACAGAUACACAUUCCUAAUACUCAAACACAUUCGAUCCCAGACACUCAAAACGUUUCAACUGCACAGAUACACAUUCCUAAUACUCAAACACAUUCGAUCCCAGACACUCAAAACGUUUCAACUGCACAGAUACACAUUCCUAAUACUCAAACACAUUCGAUCCCAGACACUCAAAACGUUUCAACUGCACAGAUACAUAUACCUAACACGCAAACACAUUCAAUCCCAGACACUCAAAACGUUUUAACUCCUACACUGAUACACAUACCCAGUGGCAGAAGAAUUACACACACCCAAGUAUCACGACAACAAAAAAACGAGAACACAACACGACAUCAAAAAAAUAUACAUGAAUUUCUUUGUAAUUGGAAUGAACCGUGA